CUUUCAAGCCGGAUUAAAACGAAGAGGCAAGAGGUGUAGUCGCUAGAGAGGAGAGUGAGGAGGGGAAAAGGAAAGGAAAGGAGAGGAAAAGGGGAAGGGAGAAGAAAGAGACGAUGGACGCGGAGACGCAGCGGCGGAUCGAGGAGGUGGUGCUGGAGAUCCUGGAAAGCUCGGACAUGACGACGAUGACGGAGUACCAGGUCCGGAGGACGGCGGCGGAGAGGCUCGGCCUUGACCUCUCCAUACCCGACCGCAAGCGCUUCGUCCGCAGCGUCGUCGAGUCCUUCCUCCUCUCCAACAAGGACGAACCCCCUCAACAACAACAAGAGCAAGAACCGCAAGAAGAAGAAGAAGAAGAGCAGGAGGAGGAGGAGGAGGAAGCGAAGAAGGGGAGCCGCAGAGAGAAGGAGUACGACGACGAAGGCGAUCUCAUCCUGUGCCGUCUGUCGAAUAAGAGGAGGGUGACGCUUCAGGAGUUCAGAGGGAAGACGCUGGUGUCGAUCCGGGAGUACUACCAGAAGGACGGGAAGGAGUUGCCUACUGCCAAAGGCAUCAAGUGUCCGAGUGGUCAUAGGUGCUGGACAUUGUAUCUUUCAAAAAAUUGGGGAUAAGUUUGACCGUUGAUCAAUGGGAAGCCUUUCGGAAAGCAGUUCCUGCUAUAGAGGAAGCCAUUGAGAAGAUGCAUGAGUAGGGCUGAAUGUUUUUGAGAAAAGAGUCAGACUGAAUGUUGUUUGCACGUUUCAAAACCUUGUGUACUUGCUCUUCACCAAGCAGAGGUCGUGUUGCCGUAUGGAAGAGUGGGUCAGGUUGGAGUCAAGACCAACUAACAAUGAGUUAGUUGUUUCUGGAGAGUUGAUCCUUAUGACUUGGUUACCUGUCUAAUAUGUUUCAAGAUUUAAAUGAUGUUUAAUGUUUGUAUGUAGGGGGUUUUGACUUUUUGGAUUUUGAAUUUCGUAAUCUAUGUUGAAUGGAAGUAGGGGGAUGUUUUUUGUUUUUUAACUUUUUUCUCUUUUGUACCUUUCUUUAUAUUAAUAUAGAGUGGGUCUUCCCUUUUCAAUCAAAGGAAAC